CUCCUGUCCUGAUAUCACUCCGCUGGCAUGGUGGAGAAGCGGACCUGAUUAUUGUGAUGGUGGCAGGCGGCAGCCAGUGACUACAGACUUCCGCCACUGCUUCCCAUAUCCGCGUUUUGCACCGUCUGGGCUACUAUCGUUGCCUCACAACCGGAUUAUCUAGGGCGCUUGUGCUCUUUCCCCUAACUCAACAACAUCUUCACCGGGAUUUCUUUCAAACCAAAACCAUAUGAGAUGCAAGUUAACUGGGAAACUCCGGAGCCCGUUCGGUUCAGACAGCAAAACUUUUUCUCAAAGGACAACACCGUAAAACGGCGAGUGGACUGUUGCUGCUGCUGCCGCUCCUCCGCGGGACGGUUUGUGUGUAUAUGGCCGUAGAGUGCCUGCUAACGUUUAUACCUUCACGGUAUUGUUGGGUUUUCCAGCGCAGUUGUUAGCAGCGUGGUAGCGGCUUUAUUGUUGAAUUCAGUUCGGGGGUUCCUCUGCUCUCACGCAGGCUGGGUGUUAUCUGUGUUUUGUGGAGCAGUUUGUUUGGAAAGACGGUCACUCGCGAGCCCUUCACCAUAUGACUGCUAGGCUCGAAGACCUUUAAACCUCCCCGAUUGUUGCUCGCGUCGGCGGCUGUUGUAGGUCCGCUGUCCGGCUGCUUUGGACCCUUCAUCGGGUAGGACAGAGAGGGAGAGGACACUAGGUGGUGGAGGUGGAGGAGGAGGUGGCCGGAGGAGGAGGAGAAGGUGGCGGUGGUAGCCGUGAGCUUGACGGGGACAAAAGUUCUUCCAAAAUAGCAGCCACUCGGCCUAGUGAUGGGGGACUUCGCCUCCCCCGCUGCCGGACCCAACGGCAGUAUCUGCAUCAACAACAGCAUGAACCCGGCCGCCGGGAGCGUGGUGCCCGCCGGGGCGGUGGGCAUACCUAAACACAGCACGGUGGUGGAGAGGCUGAGGCAGCGAAUAGAGGGCUGCCGGAGACACCACGUAAACUGUGAGAACAGGUACCAGCAAGCGCACGCCGAGCAGCUGGAGAUAGAGCGGAGAGAGACGGUCAGCCUGUACCAGCGGAGUCUGGAGCAGAGGGCCAAGAAGUCGACCGGCGGCAGCGGCAGCAGCAAGCAGCCGCAGAGCAAGCAGCAGGACCCGGACUCUGCCUCAUCCACGGAACAGAGGAAUAACACGCUCAUAGCGCUCCAGGAGACUGUAAAGAGAAAACUGGACAGCGCACGAUCGCCUCUCAAUGGAGAACAGAAUGGCAUCUGUGAUGGAGGCAGCUACUCACCAACUACCAAACGGGUACGGAAGGAGGGCUCUGGUGGUUUGGAUUCACUAACAGGUCUCCCUAACAACAACAAUAACAACAAUGUACCACCCAUCUCUCCACUACAUCACCAAAUGGACAUUAAACCCUUGCUUGGGGGGCCCAACACUUCCACCGGAAACAACACUACAAACAGCAAUGGCAACCAUGUAGGCCAGGCAUCAGAUGAGCUAGGGAAGAACGGUGGCAGCCAUCUCCCGGACAUGAAGCUGAAUGGCUCGCUGGACCUGGAGGACAGCUUCGGCCUCCUCAAAGACCUGAAACAGGAGCCACUGGAUGACGGAGGUGGGAUGGAGUCCUCUGAUCCCCAGUCUCUGUCCAAUCAAAAUAAACUGUUCUCUGACAUCAACCUCAAUGACCAGGAGUGGCAGGAGCUGAUCGAUGAGCUGGCCAACACCGUGCCAGAGGAUGAUAUGCACGACCUCUUUAAUGAGGACUUUGAGGACAAGAAAGAAGCAGAGUUUGGCAGACUGGCAAACAAUCAGACACCAGGCCCACAAGAAGCAGCUGGGAACACAACGGCACCCGGAGGAGGGGCGGCACCAGCAGCAGCCCUGCCUCCUCCUCCUCAGCCUCCACAGGGAGGCCCACAGGUUCCCAUGGGCUCACCACAGGUCCGACCAUCUUCGUCAGGCCCUCAGUUUGCCACCACUGCCAAUGGAACGCCUCCUCAGCAACCUUUGCAGCAGUCUCCAGCCGUUGCCAUGGCAUCAGGUUCCCCAUUGCACAACUGCGUAGCUCGGUCCCCUCAGACUCCCACCCAGGCUCAGACACAAGCAGUCUCUAGGCCUGGGAAUGGAUACAUUAUGAACCCUGGCCCAGGGGUCAGUCAGGCAGGCACAGGACCUGGAGCUGCUGGAGUUGCCCCUGGAGGUCAGCCUGUAGGACCAGUGACGCCAGAGCUUUCUCCAGCAGAGCAGCUAAAAGCAAUGGCUCAGCAACGUGCUAAACUGCUGCAGCAGAAGCAGCAGCAGCAGCAGCAACAAGCAGCUAACUGGUCCCCUGCAGGCGCUCCAACCAGUCCCUAUAACUCUGGUCCCUUUAACCAAGACAAACCCAACAGCCCUAUGAUGUACCCACCGCAAGCCUUUAACACGCCACAGGGCCCUCUAGUGGCUGGGAUGGCCCCCAACAAUGGGCCCAAAGCCCCCAUGAACAACUACCUCCCUCACAACCACAUGGGCAUGAUGGGCCAGCAACAGCCAAACAGCAUCAACCAGAACACCCUGUCCAAACAACAGCAACAACAACAGCAGCAAACAGCAGCCAUAUUGUCCUAUAACAACACCAAACCACUGAGUCACUUCAGUGGCAGCGGGGUUGAUCACAUAGGUCAGAGGAUGACUCCUCCCAUGGGAGGGAACAAUCAGGUGAAGAACCCCAUGAUGCCCCCCUACAUGGGUGGUGGGGGAGGCGGUGGCCAGGGCGCAGGGCCAGGACAGACCCAGGGGCCAAUUCCAGGCCAGACAGCCCACCUUAGUGAGGAGCAGAAGAGGAUGUUGCUGAUGAAGCAGAAAGUGUUGAACCAGAACAUGCCCUACAGCGCCAUGCAGCCUCAUGGACAGGAACAAGGUGUGGUAGGAAUGUCACGACCUCCAGGCGCCAUCCCGCCUCCUCACCCUGCUGGGGGCGUGGCCUCAGGGGUGGGGCCCAAUCAGGGGUCAGGACCACCUCCGGGCUAUGUGGGCAACCAGCAGCAGGCAGCCAUGAUGAAACAGAUGAUGGCGAUGGAGCAGGAGAAGAGGGUGCAGAUGCAACUGAUGGAGCAACAGAAACAGCAGCUCUUCAGAGAGCAGAGACAGCAGCAGCAGCAGCAACUACUGGCUGAGCAGCUCCAACAGCAGCAGCAUCUCCCCAGACAGAUGGGCCAAGGCCAAAGGAAUCCAUACCCCCAAGUCAAUCAGUACCAAGGUCCUCCUCAGGAUCUAGCAUCCAGAAGCCAGGCUCUUCAGAACAUUCGGGCCGCCCGUCUCCUACAACAGCAGCAGCAGAACCAGCAGCAGAUGGUCCAGAUGAGUUCUGUACAGGGUCAGGGGGGCUCCGUGGGACCCCAAACUGACAUGGGCUUACCCUAUGGCAACCAGGGGUCAAACCAAGGUUCCUUGUAUGGGCUCAAUCCCUCCAUGAGCCAAAUGAUCCACCAGCAGCAGCACCAGAGCCAAAGUGUGCAAGCCUCCAUGGGUCUUCCACCGCAGCACAACCCCGCUGGAGGGCCGCCCCGUCAGGCAGGUGCAGGUCCUGGGGUAGGGGGUAUGCCUGGAGGCCCAGGAGGUGGUGGAGCUGGAGGGUAUGGAGGACAGGGAAUGUUGAUGAACUCCAUGACCCAGCAACCCCUCAAAGGCCCUCCCAAUGCCAAAGCCCAAGCACAGAGACUGCAAAGCAUGCUGGGAGCAGGAGGGGGAGGCGGGGGAAUGACGGCAGGUGGCUGGCCACAGCAGCAAGGACAAAGUCUGCAGGCCAUGGGAGGAGGAGUUGGAAGGACUACAGGAGGAGGGGGAGGAGACAUGGUGGGGUUCAGUUCCACCCAGGGUUAUGGGAUGCAGCCAGGUCAACCUCCGCGCAUGGCCAAGCAACACUUUCAGGGGCCGGGCCAGGGGUUGAGCCAGGGAAUGGACCCCAGAGUGGGCAACCCAGCGGCUGUUAUGGGUGGCCAAAUGAUGGGCCCUCACAUGGGUGGUCAGCCCAGGACCAACCAGCCCCGGCCCAUAGUCAUGAACCAGGGGAUGAACCAGGGGGUGAUGGCCCAGGGGAUGACUGGGAUGGGGGGGUUCGGGCCAGGCCCAGGGGGGCCUGGAAUAGGAGCAGGGGGAGGAGGGAGUGGACCCUAUGGACCAGGGGGUGUAGGUGUUGGAGGUCAGCCACCAGGCUACCAGAGGACAGCUAAUCAGGACAUGUCAUCCUAUGGAUAUGGGGGCGGGCCCUCAGGGGGAGGAGCCUUUGGAUUGGCCGAUGGCACAGGGGCGGAGCUGGACUCAAGCGAUGGUUGGAUGGAGGAGUUUUUCCCAAGCCAAUAGCCAAUGGGGAAACUGGAGAAGAGUUUUUACUGGAUGAACUAAACGUUUAAGUAGGAUAUAUGUUAAAACCUGAGAAAGUAAAACAAACAGGAUGACAUGAAGUAGACUGGCAUGUUUUUGUUUUGUACAACAUGAGCAAGGUUAUAAAGUAGUUUUUGUGUUAUGUUAUGUUUUGUGUGUGUGUGUGUGCGUGUGCGUGUGUGUAUGAGAGAGAUGGAGAGAGCAAUCAUUAUGUCUCGUGCAUAUUAAUGAAAAACCAAUAUAGCGAUUAAGAGUUGUGUUUCAUUAGUUUCCCUUUUUUUCUCCAAGGAAUGAAUAUUUCUCAAGUUUCAGUGUUUGAAAGCGAGCCCCGUUUACACAGCGGCGCCUGAGCUUCAGCAGGGGCUGAUUGAACACCGCAGACUGAUGAAGGGGAAGGAAGACUUGUUCUCAAGACAGCAAUUUAUUUGUGUUUGUGUGUUCGUGCCACCCAGCUCAAUGCUUCAUAUCUCUCAACUAUGUGAGGAGCUGAAGGGAAUAAAAAGCACUCUCAGCGCUCCCAUUUCCUCUCUCAGAUUUCUGCCCCACACACACACGCACACAAAUCUGUCGCCUCCACGGUCUCUCUGUUCUCUUCACUUGAUCUCUCUCUCUCUCUCUCUUUCUCUCACCCACCCCCCCGAGACUCGUUCCUCACUCUCAACACUCCUUUCUCUGUUUAACUUGUGAACAUCACAACAGAACAAAUGAUGUUCCCCUAUUUUCCCACACAAGCGCACUCUGCCCUCUAGUGCUUUUGCUAGGCAACCGACCAUGGUGGCAUUUUUUUUUUUUGGCAGGGGGGGGGUUCAUUUCCUGUGCGUGGCUGUGGAUGACGGGUGUGCAUGCAGGGGAAGACAAAGAGGGAGAAAAUAGGCAGCUAAAGCAAGCACUUGGACUCAAAAGCUCAUGCACACACACACGUAUACAAACCAACAAACAGACAAACAAGCAUCAGCCUGGGAGGAUGAGCGUGUGUGUGAGAGGCAGCUAGCACAGCUAAUAUUACAUUAAACCGUCUGCCUGUGUGACACAAACCACACUGCAUUCAUCAGGCUAACACAAAGCAGAAUGAUCGCUGGGCACUGAAUGUAUCUGAGCACCACAAGUGACUUCUUUUUAGGGGAAAAAAAGCUCAUUGAAUGCCCACCCAACAUGUUUUGUUUGUUGCUGUGUUUUAUCUCUAACAAUGAUGCUGGUUGUGUUUUGUCAAUUAAAAGUAAAAAAAACAAAAAAAAAAAACAAAGUUAGCCUUCUUUUAGUUUGUGUUGUCUUUUGAAAAUCUGUUUGUCCUCCCAUCACAGCACAGCCUUCCCUUCCAUUGUGACACAGCUGGUUGUCAAUCACCGUAGCCCUGCUUUACAUCGUGGCUUCUCUUGUACCGCAGCUAUAAAACACCCUUGCUCCAAACUAGAUCAUAACUGUGCUAUACUGUAACACUACUGUGAAGAAAUACCAGUUGUCCCCUUCCAGAGCUUUACAACGAAAAUGAACCACUGCUAAGCCUUGACUUUGUUUUAUAGACAGUUGAGAAACUUCAGACUGGACUUAAAGGGACAGUUCACCCCAAAAUCAAAAAUACAUAUUUUUUUCUCUUACCUGCAGUGCUGUUUAUCAGUUUAGAUAGUUUUGGUGUGAGCUGAUGAGUGUUGGAGGUAUCCACAGUAGAGAUGUCCGUUUUCUCUCCAACACAAUGGAACAAGAUAGCACUCGGCCUUUGGUGCUCAGAGCACCAAAAGAUACUCAAUUUCAUUUUUCCAGAAAUCAUCACGUGGUUACUCAAGAUAAUCUACAGACCUCGCUGUGAUCAGUUUCAUGUUGGAACUAUUUUCUUCAUACCGAAUUACACCCACCAACUGUGUCAGCGCCCAGAAGAAAGCAUGCCUACAGCUAGCUCACCUAACACCACUGAGCUAAUUGUGCGUCAGCUCUACGACUAGUUGACUCUUCCUCUAUUCAUAUGAACCCAGAAACAACAGCAACUUUUAACGAAGGUAACGUUUCAAAAUUUGGCUCCAUUAUAACUCACAAGGUUCACCAACAAAAGAACUGCCUUGUACUAAACACUUUUCCCCAAAAUACAACAUGCUAACCUUAUUAGCGUGAGCCUAUCACAAUUUACAUUGCAUAAAUUAGCCUAGCAGCUCACAGAGUUUUUCUCUACUCUUAUGAAGCCAGGAUAAAUCACACACAGGACAUAAACUGCCAAUUUCGUAUCUGUAAAAUAAAUGUAAAUAAAAGCAUAGUUUCCACAUGCAUACAAAAAAAAAUAAAAAAUAGAAGUGCUCUGUUACAGUGACGUGCAUUUACAUUUCUGCAGUGGUGCACGUCAGGCUACAAUGUAUAAAUCCUGCUUAAUGUCACAGCUCAGCCGAGGAGGACGCCAUUUAAGUUUACAUCUCGCACUGUCAUGAGCACGAGCCUCUCAUCCAUGAGUAGAUGCACACUUCCUUCUGAACGACACACUGAGUGCUAACUAGAAGGCAGACAUCUCUACGGCAAAUAUCUCGAAAAUUCUGCAACUCACACAAACAAUCUAGACUUAUAAAUAGCACUAUACAUUACAGGAAAAAGAUGUACUUUUGAUUUUGGGGUGAACUGUCCCUUUAAAGGGUGACGACGGUUGGCGCCAGUUAGCGCCAAAACAAUAAGUGCUUCCACUGUCAUCAGUGUCUCCCCCUCUCUGAACUUACUUAAGUAAACUGUGGGCUUUACUCCAGACCUUCUGGCUUUCAUUCAUCAUCAACAAGCUGUCCUCUCUUUUGCCCUAAUGGUUGAGUAAUAAAUAUGUGUCAAAUAGGUUUUAAUACAGUAGUCAUUGGUAAGAUAACACUUUACUUCUCUAACUGUUUUGUAAUCUAGGUUAAGAGGUGAAUGAGAGCGUGUUUGUAUUUGCAUUACUUUGUAUUUAGCUCAUCAGAGUGAAAGUUUGGAGAAUGAUACUGUAAUCAACAAACCAAAAAGCCUUCUUCUUCUCUGUAAACUAACUCCUUGUCAUCAACGCAUUUGAUGCAUUAUCUCAUGGUUGCUGAUGUUGUAUAAUCCAACCCUUUAAAUACAAACUUUAACCACCACGCCCAUCGUCCUGUAAGCAUUGCUGCAUAUGGCAGCACCCACAAAUGAGGUUUUGUUCUUUGGUUGUGUCAUGUUUGGGGGAGCAGAAGUCCUCCGUCUCACUGUGUGGAAUCUGAAGGUCAACAGCAAGCAGAUGUUUAGGGUUGUAGCGUUUCCCGGUUUAUCAGGGGAGAUGGUGAAAUCAAUAAAAACUCUGUGUCAGUGUCUAAAUAAACUCUUGGAUUGUUUGCUCAUGCUUCCAAAACUUUGAUACCGCUCUAGUACUCCAGGCAGGCUCCAAUAAAAGUUCAGUGUCAGACCAGUGAAAUGGAGAUGGUGUGUAGGAAAACACCUGAGUUUUACCGCUCCAAACUGGAGGCGGGAAGGUAGAGAGACACUUGUGGAUCAGUGUUAAGAUCACGGCCUUUGUGACCUUUUUGUCUUCUUCAAAGUAAGGGUUCAUUUUAUGGUUUGAAAUCCCUUCAAGAAGAGAAAGGAAGCUUCCUCCAAAUAUCAUUAUGUACUGGGACCAAGUCUGUAGACAACAUUUUAACAAAAAUUGUUGUUGAUGUUCUUUAUUUUAUUUUAUUUUAUUUUAUUUGUUUGGUUGUUGUUUUUUUACUGGUGCUGACAUAUAUGUGAUUAUGAGAAAAAGUAUAUAAAAGAUAAUGGCUAUUUGUAAAUAUGUUUUUACAGGUUUAAAUACAUCAGAUAAUACAGUCUCUACUCUGUAAAGAAUUUACUGUUUGUUGGAAAAUAGAGAAGUAUUUUUAUUUUGAAGUUUUUUGGUUUCACGUUUAACCCAUCUGAGCUAUGCCAUUGCACUUCAGACAAUGUCUUACUACUAAUUUGUAAUGUAAACCUCUCUUUUUGGAUUUUUUUUUUUUUUUUCAUUUGUUUUUUCUAGUUUGAGAUUUGACUCAGUUCUUAAGCAGUGCUUAUUUCUUUUUAUCCUGUACAGAAUUCUGAAAUGUUAACAAAAGAGAAUUACAAAAGACUUUUUUUUGUUUGUUUUUCAAAAAGAUACAAUAAAGAGAGAAUGUUCUCGCUGAUCAU